UGAUUAUCUGCUAAGAGAACAUGGCGGAGCUGUCAGACAGUCCCUGAAAAAUCCCGAAUCUGGGUCUCUUAGCGCACUUACAUGCUACCUGUUACUGGUGCAUUUCGAAGCAAGUCACAAAGUCGAGAAGGUUUCUGAAGAAAAGCUUUUACGAUGAGCCGCGCGCCGCCGCCGCCCUCGAGCCUGGCGAACGGCCCCAGCCAGCGCGACCCCGACGGCGAGCAGCUGUGGGAGAGGCCCUGGUCUCCGGACGAGAUGCGCAGGAGCAGCGCCACCUGGUCCCUGGCAGCUGACUCUGGUUUGUUCCUGUACCUUCAAGAUUUCUCUCAGAGGAUGCUCUCGAAGACGCACGACAUCGAGAAACAGCUGGACGGACUCCUGCGAGACACCAAGGCCACAGACUGCCACCUGCACACGGUCUUCAAUGACUUCCUCAUGCUCUCUAACACUCAGUUCAUUGAAAAUCGGGUUUAUGAUGAGGAGGUGGAGGAAGCGAUGCCCAAACCUGAAGCUCCAGAGAAGCAACCUGAGCAGGAGAAGACACGAGAGCAGAAAGAAGCUGAGCUGAUACCUAAAGUGCAGGAGGCUGUGAACUAUGGCUUGAGAGUUUUGGAGUCGGCUUUUGAACAGUUGGACAUCAAGGCCGGGAACUCCGAUUCGGAGGAUGAAGAGGCUAUUGGUCGAGUGGAGCCUAUUCUGGAGCCCAAGGAUCUGUACCUGGACAGGCCAUUGCCUUACCUGAUAGGUUCCCAGCUCUUCAUGGAGCAAGAUAAUGUAGGCCUGGGUGAUCUCUCAAGUGAAGAAAUGUCUAUUGAUAGUGAGCGGGACAGUGUCAUAGACAGUGAGGAGGAUAAAGAUGGAGAGCAGUCAGAUGAAGAUUUUGAUCAGGAUGAUACAGGACAGGGCAGCUUCACCAAACCAAAGUCAUCUUUGAGUGACGAAGAGGAAGUUGUGGACGAUGAAGAUGAAGAUUCUGACAUAUUUGGUGAAUCGGACAAGGAGGGUGAUGAAGAAGGCAAAAAGCUCUCCACAGGCUCAGCUUCCUUCGCAGAUGAACUCGCGGCGCGUAUCAGAGGAGAAACCCCAAGCAAGCCUGAGGGCGAGCGCUCUGUGCCACCAUCCAUCGCAUCAAAGAAGAAGAGUAAAGUAAAGAAAGAUUUGAAGGCUGAGGAAAAAGAGGAGAUUUUCCAGCCCCCUCCCAUGGAAGAUGCUGAACACUCCCCGUUCGGCAGCAAGGGAGGACUCUUCAGCGGGGGGAGGGGCUUGUUUGAUGAUGACGAUGAGGGUGAUCUCUUCUCUGAGGCACCCAAACAGGAGGCAGAAGAGAGCAGUAGCAGAGCGCUAGCUGACGACGAAACUGUUCUGUCUAAACCCAAUAAGAAGAUACCUGCUGGUGCGGUUUCUAUAUUCCCAGGAAACAGCUUGUUUGGCUCCCCUCAGGGUUCAGACUCCUCAGAGAGCAGAGAAAGCAGGUGUUCUGCCCAACAGAAUCCUCCUACCCAACAGAAGGCCCAGACCGGACCCAAAUCAACCCCUGGGAGUGGGUUGUUCGAUGAUGAGGAUGAGGAUGACGAUGACGAUGACUUCUUCAGUGGCAAUGCUUUCAAAAAGUCCAGCUCUGCAGCACUGGAGAAACACAAGCAGAAGAAGGUGUUGGAUCUUUUUGGAGCAGGUGAAGACGAUGAGGAAGGAGACAUUUUCAGUGAAAACUUUAACUCGGCCCCAUCAGGGCACAGCAAGAAGCCAGAGGAGGAUGUGAUUCAGGUGCCUCAAAAAAAGCUCCCUGCGGGUGCCACAUCCAUGUUUAGCCCUGGGACCACCAGCUUGCUGCAGGAUGCAGUGAGAAGACGUCAACCUUCCAUUGGUGAUGAAUCCCAAAAGCCCAGGGAGGACAUCACUCCUGUAAAUAGUGCUAAAACACCAGCAAAGGCUGUAGAUAAGCCCCAGGUCAGGGGGUUGUUCUCCGAUGAUGAAGACUCCCAGAUCUUUCCAUCCCCCACUAAGAGUCCGCCAAAACCGGAUCCUUCACCUCAGAUUAAACCAAGCAAAGCCAGCAAAGCACCCCUGUCUUUAUUUGAUGACGAGGAAGAACAGGAUCUUUUUGCUUCUGCACCUGUGAAUGUCAAAACAAGCCAAGCCAAAAAUGACACGUUACAAAAAUCUAACAAGGUCACCUCUAGCAGCCUCUUCAGUGAUGAUGAGGAUCAGUGGAUGAGCUCUGUACCUGAAGUAGAAAAACCGGUAGCAAAGACCACAGGAACCACCAGCUCCCUUUCCAAGCAGCCUGCUGUCAAGGCAGCACAAAAAAACAGCCUUUUCGAUGAUGAUGAAGAUGAUGACAGUGACCUCUUUGCUGCCACAAAGGAAUCCAGCAAGAAGAAGGCUCAGCGAGUGUCCCUACUGUUUGAGGAGGAAGAUGAGACUGAUGAAGACAAGGGGUCACUCUUCAGUUUCAAGUCAUCAUCCAGCAAACCUAUACUUGUUGAGAAAGCCCCCUCUAUACUUGACAGCCAGACCAAGGUCACACCAGGCCCUGUAAAGGAGGAGGCUAAAGAGGCCACAAAGCAGUCCCCGAGUGACAAUGGCAAGGCCCGGGGUCACCCAGCUGGAGCUGUCAGCUUAUUUGGUGGGAUAGAUGUGCUGGGAGAUCAACAGACUGUUGCCAAGGUCAACAGUACCCUGGGGAACACUGACCAGGUUGAUGCUCCACCACCGAUGGAGGAAGGUCCCAAACCCAAGAAGACGGUUUUGAGCCUGUUUGAUGAUGAUGAAGAGGAUGAUGAUGAACACGAAGAAACUGCGCAUACAGCUACACCCCCCAAGACAUUACCUAAAAAAACACAGAAGCCUCAGGAGCAGUGGCCCAGCACUACCAGCACCAGGGUGUUCCAGGAUGAGGAGCUGCUCUUUAGCCAGACACAGCAGAAGGACAACGACCCAGAUGUGGACCUCUUUGCCCCACCGCGAAAAUCUGUCAGCCCCAAGGGCAGCUCUGCUAGACCAGCAGCCACCUCACUGUUCGGGGAGGAUGAUGAGGAUGACUCCAUUAUCACUGCCAGGCCAAAAGUAGUUCAGAAACCUGCUGUCGUCAUAAAAUCAAAAGAGCCCUCUUCACGGAUUGGAAAGCUUCAAGUGAACCUCGCUAUUGAUCCCUCCAGCCUCCUUCCCGGGGCAGUUCCACGGAUUCCUGGGACUGCCAGCGCGCUACCCCACCCUUCUGAGAAACCCCUGUCCCCAACAGAAUCUUUCCCCAGCCUUAGCAGCAGCUCUGCCUCUGGGAGCACAUGGGAGGGGGGGGUAAGCUUUGAUAUCCCUGCCCAAGUCACCACAUUACAGAGUGCCAACAAGAGCCGACCCAAAGGAGCAGGGCACCGGCGACCCCAGACCAGGGCUGCCAGGCUGGCAGCUCAGCAGUCAGAUGCCAGCCAGGUCUUCGACCCGUCUCCACCUCCUGCUGUGCACGUUCCUGCCAAGGUGUCAGAGUUGGUGCUACCCACACAUGUGGAAAGGGUACCUGCUGCCACAGAGGACACUUUCAAGACAGAUAAUCUGUAUACCACUGUCGCCAAGACGACGCCCAAGAGCAGGACUUUGGAGCAAACGCCAAGGGCUGCGUCUCUCUUCGACAGCCAUGGAGGUGACCGUGGGAAGAAGCUCUUCCAAGAUGUCAAGCAGACACCUGUAAAGAGGAGCACGGCUGUGCCAUUCCUGGAUGAUGAAGAGGAAGACUUUGUUGCGGUGAGGAAGGACACGGAUGUGCAGGUUACAAAAGAAACUAAGACAAAAGCUGAGUCUCCAGAGCACGACAUUUUUCAGGAUGAAGUGGACCGAAAGAAAGCUCCCAAGAAGGCGAAAGAACGUACCCUGGAUGCUGGUUUGUUUGAUGAUGAUAUUGACAUCUUUGCUGACUUGACAGCUACAACAGCUCCCGUAGAAAAGAAGUCAAAAAAGAAAGUGGAAACAAAGUCUAUAUUUGAUGACGAUAUGGAUGACAUCUUUUCAUCAGGCCCCUCAAAGCCAGUGACCAAACAGGCGAAAUCAAAAAGAAGCGCUCCAGCCCAAGAGCCCAGCAGCAGCUUGUUUGACGAUCCCUUAAAUGCUUUGGGUGGAAAGUAAAGUAUUUCGGAGGCCAGACCUACAAUACUGUGCAGAGAAACUUGCAGUUUGAAGUAACCAAAAGGGUAUAGUACUAUCCAUAGACUGUUCAUAAAUUUCAGUUGUUAAAUUCUGAAAAGAAAUUUAAAUAUGUGUAUGUAUACACUUUAAUAGUACACCACCUAACUGCUACUGACAUUUUCAGACUUAUAGAUGUUUUCCAUACUGAAUAACAAUUAUUAAUAACUUGCAUACAGUUUCCAUUUGAUUUCAUUUCUGUAGUUCUCUGAGUAUGUAUUUAUCCAAGAUAAUAAAUUACUUGCUAAUAAAUGCUGGGUGAAACAUUUAUAGUUCAUCAAAUACAGUGGAAUUUGAUGUUGAUUCCUGCAUCAGGAUGUAAUUUCAUAGAACUACGGUCAGACUAGUGAAUUGCAUUUUGCAGUUUAAUUUUUGUUCAGUAGUGUGUUUAUAAAACGUUUCCUAUAAUGUACAAACUCAAUUUAAAAAUGUAUAAAGUCCAUUUUCAAAAACAGGAUGUGCUGUAUGCAACCUAUGAUAUGCAAUAUGCAUAAACUUUUAAAUGUAGUAGAAUUACUACUUGUAGAAUAGUGCUGCUUCUGAGCAUGUGGACCCAAAAUGUAGUUCUGUAAAUGUAAGUUUGUUUAAUCAAAAGUCCUUUUUUUCCCCCAAAGGAAAGCACCCCCCC